GCGGAUGCGCAAAGCGCACGUAGCGUCAAUAGCCAGCUUUUCACUGGCUGAUUUGGCGCGCUCGCGAGCGGAUGCGCACAGCGCGCGUAGCGUCAAAAGCCAGCCAGUUAACUGGCUGAUUUGGCGCGCUCGCGGGCGGAUGCGCAAAGCGCGCGCGUGAAGCCACACGCCAGCUACCCUCUUCCCCCGAACAUACCGCACCCUGAUAAUGACUCUGUGUAGAACCGAUCUUUCCGGUCCGCUACAGGCAUAAUGAAGUGGACUGUUUCUUUGACCUGGUAAUGCGACAGGCCGUUGGCGCGCAGCACGGGGGAGCAAGUAGCCAAUCAAGGAGCAAACGGUGAUUAUUCAUCAUCAUCAUCAUCAUCAUCAUGGACGGCUGGAGCGAACUGACGACGAGGUGGGGGAGCCAGCGAGCGCCACGGCAUCAUGCGCCGGGACGGCGGCGCAGCCGCGCUGGCGGUGCCGGGAUCUCAUCGUUAUUCGGCAGCUGUGCGAGAACUCGAUCGACGGCGGCGCUGCUGCUGAUGUUGUACCUCGUCGGGACGAGCGGCCCUGCGCGCCAAGCAUGUGCGACGGUCUCGAAGCAAUCGCGAUCGGGAUUGCAAGUGGAAGAACUCGCAGAGCUGGCGGCGGGAAAGGCAGGCGCGGGCAAGGCGGCGGGCCCUGGACAGGCGGAGGGGGAGGGGGAGGCGGAGGCGGGGGGGCGCGCUAAUGCUGAUCCCAAUGCGAAUCCGGAUCCGGCGCGCUUUCUCGGUGAAAACACUGAGCAAUCACCAUCCGCCGCCGCCGCCGCCGCCGCCGCCGCUCUUCUUGGCCGACGCCAUCACCGCCACCAUACCUCCACACUCCCCAAGGACAGCAAAAUCAAGCACGUAGUGGUGUUGGUUAUGGAGAAUCGAUCCUUCGACCAUCUUCUUGGUUUCUUGAAGCGUCGCAAUCCGGAGAUCGACGGCCUAGAUGGCACCGAGAGCAAUCCAAUGAACGUGUCAGAUCCCGACUCUCCACGUGUCUUUGUGGCUGACCACGCCGAGUACGUCGAUCCCGACCCAGGGCAUUCCUAUCAGUCAAUCAGGGAACAGGUCUUCGGCGUCCCACGCAAUGUCACCACGUGGCAUCGUCCUACGGACGAAGGCCCCCCCCCUCCCAUGAACGGCUUCGCCCAAAAUGCAGAAGCACUCUAUCCUAACACAGGAUUUCCUCAGCGAGUGAUGAGUGGGUUUCGCCCAGAGGCCGUUCCCGCCUAUACCGCCCUAGCGGAGGAGUUUGUCGUUUUCGAUCAUUGGUUCGCCUCCGUGCCCGGGUCCACCGAACCUAACCGGUUUUACGUCCAUUCUGCCACGUCACACGGGGCGAUGAGCAAUGUACGAGAAGAGUUGGCCCUCGGCUUCCCACAAAAACCUAUCUUUGAAUCGCUUGAUGAAAGCGGAUUGACCUUCGGCGUGUAUUUCAACAACGCGCCCACGACUCUCUUCUUCCGAUCGCUUCGCUCGCCGAGGUUUGCGACUAAGUUCCACACGUUUUGGAAAUUUAAAACGGACGCUCGAUUGGGGAAACUACCCAAUUACGUAGUAAUCGAGCCGAGGUACUUCGAUCUGUACGGAUUUCCUGCGAACGACGACCAUCCAAGCCAUGACUUAAGCAGAGGGCAGAUGUUUGUCAAGGAGGUGUACGAGACGCUCCGCAGUAGCCCUGCUUGGAAGGAAACCUUGCUGAUCAUCACCUACGAUGAACAUGGCGGCUUUUACGACCAUGUACCGACCCCGGUCAAGGGAGUGCCCAAUCCCGAUGGACUGAUCGGACCUCCUCCGUACGAGUUCGACUUCACAAGGCUAGGAGUUCGUGUCCCCACCAUCAUGGUCUCUCCUUGGCUUAACAAAGGAAAAGUUUAUCAUCGUGCUAAUGGCCCGACACCUACGUCAGAGUAUGAGCAUUCUUCGAUCCCAGCAACGGUGCGCAAAUUGUUCAAUUUGAAAGAUGGACCUUUAACGAAGAGAGAAGCUUGGGCAGGCACAUUCGAGCAUAUCCUGGCGGAGAGAGACACGCCCAGAGAUGAUUGCCCUAAGGAACUUCCGGAAAUUACGCGCCUCUUGCGAAGCACACCAGCAAAUGAAAAUGUGAAGGUGACCGAAUUUCAGCAAAAGAUUGUCGAAAUGGCAGCCCUGCUUACAGGCGACGAAGCUACCGCGGAUAUCGCUGACCAAUUGACUGUCCGUAAGGCGAACGACUACAUAGAGAAGCAGGUGCACGACUUUCUUGUCGGCAAUCUGAAGCUUCGGGCGAAGAUGCUCACAAAUGCGUCUUCUUUUUCUAGCAUACUAAAUGCUACGGUCACCGUUCAGCCCACAGAUGGUGGUUAUGACAAUGGUAGCAAGGAUGACAUGCUCGCAAUGAUUGGUGAGUGGAAAGGUGACGGAAAAACUGAGUAUCCAGCAUGGUGGCUGUCUUUCGAGACGUUGUCGAGCACUGUAGAAGGUCUAGAGUUGGCCGCAUCGCAGUUGGAAGCGAUGCAAUCAUUUCCGUCGGCGUCGUCCUCGUCGUCAUGGAUCUCAUCGUUGUUCGGAUGGGCGCUGGAGAGACUUGGAGGAAGGGGGGGCGCAACGGGCUCUGUGGGUCCUGUGACGCAGUCAUGGCCGUCCACAACAGCUUUGCAAGUUGGUUUUCAAGAGAGGACGACGGAGUGGGCGACGGCAACAACGACGACGACGACUUUAUCGUCGAUCACUUCAACGAUGCGGAACAUCUUCGGCAGACGCUGGGGUCCAGAGAUGAUCAAGGACGCGGAGGAGCUUUAAGCCACAACAAGCACCUGACGGUGCGAAGGAAAAAAAAAAAAGAAGUCUGAUGCCUCCUGACACUAUGUCUGACAAGCUGGGUAUCUGUUGAUGUCAGCUGGGCCAGGUGUGUUACCCCUUGGCUCUUUCCGAGCAUGUGUGAGGAAGUCGGAGAUGAAGGGCCUCACUCCUCUACUCAACCUUCCAUAUGCAUUUGGAUGUUUUCGGGACCAGGUGCGUUCGAACGAGUACAUGAUUUUGACUGUACCAGGACGAUCAUGUGGAUGUCAGCUGGGCCAGGUAUGUCACCCCUUAACUUUUUCCGACCACAUGAGGCAGUCGGAGAUUAAGGGCCUCACUCCACUACUCAUCAUUCCACAUGCAUUUGGAUGUUUUUUGGACCAGGUGCGUUCGAACGAGUACAUGAUUUUGAAUGUACCAGGACGAUCGUAUGCUCCAGAUGCAUAUAGAGUGUUGCAUUUAGUGCAGCGAUGCACAAAGAAGAAGAUGCCGAUGAUGCUGAUGAAGUCUAGUUUUAGCCUUUAGGUGAAAACUCGAGAAGGAGAUUGUGUUCAAUGUCAUAGAAAAUGAAUUCAGCAAACUAUAUUGAGACCUAUAGGACGCAUAGGUUAGGCUGCAGAAAUGAAUUCGACAUACUAUAUUGAGGCCUAUAGGUUAGGGCGAAGAAAUGAUUGUGUAUGAUAACGCAGGUCUGUACCACAUGUCUAUCACCGAUUAUGUAGUACGUACUUGUGUGUAGACCAUCCGAACCUGUAUUUGUACAAGUUGUGAAAGUUCAUAGAAUGAUCUCAGAAUGAUCUUAGAAUGAUCUUAGGAUUAUCGUAGAAUGGGCGUAGCAUGGUCUUCGAUAACUUGAUGAUAUUGCAAAGAUUCUUAAAAUUUAAUCAGAUGCAAUAUCAACAAUGUGCUGGAUUAACAUGUACUGUGUCAUAAAACAAGGAAAGAACAGAGGAUAAUGUACAAGUAUGUACAUUGUAGUGAAGGCCAUCCAUAUCUGCGAUGCCGUGCAGACAGGAAAUGAAUGUGAACCUAUUUCAUGUACUUAGUCGUUUUUCUUAGUAAUAUACAUAAGUAGUUAGUCGUUUUUCUUAGUACUAUACAUGAGUAAAUGAAUGUGCACCU